AUGGCUGCUCAAAAGACAGAAUUUACUAAGAUCGUAGAAAAUUCUAUUGCAGUGAUUUCAGACGAUUUGCGAGAAAUUAGUUUAAAGAUUCACGCAAAGCCUGAGAUUGCACUCGAAGAACACUUUGCACAUAACCUUUUGACGGAUUAUCUUGAGAAAAACGAGGUUACUGGUGGACGGACUGUACGACGCAUUGUCUGCGCUUGGACAUGGAUGUGGCAUAAUUUGAUUGCGAUUUCUGGUGUCGCUGCUGCUUAUGGUGUAAUGAAUGUACUUAAAGCUUUAAGCAUUCCUGGAAAAGUAGUAUUGUUUAGAACACCAGCUGAAGUAGAAUUAAUCGAAGCUGGAGCGUAUAAAGAAGUCGAUGUGUCUUUGAUGGUUCACCCAGC